AUGUCUCAAAACCAACGGGAGGCUUGGGAGCGAGUGCAGCUCAUGCUGCAGAAGCGCAAGGCUGGCUUUGGUGGAAUUCCGGGUGGCGGUGGUCGCGGCGGCCUCGGUCUUGCCGGAUCUCUAAUCCUGCUCGGUGUUGGCAGCUGGGCCCUUUCGAACUCCCUCUUCAACGUUGAUGGUGGUCAUCGUGCGAUCAAGUACUCGCGAGUAAGUGGUGUGCGGAAGGAAAUCUACAGCGAAGGAACUCAUCUCCGUAUUCCCUGGCUCGAAACCCCAAUUAUUUACGAUGUCCGCGCCAAGCCACGCAACAUUGCCUCUUUGACCGGCACCAAGGAUUUGCAGAUGGUCAACAUCACCUGUCGUGUGCUCUCUCGGCCCCGUGUCGACGCUCUCCCGCAGAUCUACCGUACUCUUGGCCAAGACUUCGAUGAGCGUGUGCUUCCUUCAAUUGUGAACGAGGUGCUGAAGAGUGUCGUUGCUCAGUUCAAUGCUAGUCAACUGAUCACUCAGCGUGAGAACGUUGCCCGCCUGGUUCGGGAGAACCUGGCCCGUCGUGCCGCGCGCUUUAACAUUGCCCUUGACGAUGUUUCCCUGACUCACCUGACCUUCUCCCCCGAAUUCACUGCUGCCGUGGAAGCCAAGCAGGUUGCCCAGCAGGAUGCCCAGCGUGCUGCCUUCCUGGUUGAUAAGGCCCGCCAAGAGAAGCAGGCCUUCAUCGUGCGCGCCCAGGGUGAGGCCCGCUCGGCCGAGCUGAUUGGUGAUGCGAUCAAGAAGAGCAAGAGCUACAUUGAGCUGCGGAAGAUCGAGAACGCUCGACAGAUUGCGACAAUCCUGCAGGAGAAUGGUGGCCGCAACAAGCUUUACCUGGAUAAUCAGGGCUUGGGUCUGAACGUCAAUGCUGGAAACGAGGAGGCCAAAUAA